AUGACUACCAAUCAUGAAAAGUCGGUAGAGCCGUUUGUAAUGGUACCGAUCGUACUUAUGUCAAUGGGCCGUGAAGACACUCGUAUAUUCGUUGGGAAUCUUCCACCAGAUGUUCGUGAGAAGGAUCUUGAAGAUAUCUUCGCGAAGUAUGGCAGAACUCGUUCCGUUCAUAUUAAGGGAGGACGUGGAGCACUCUUUGCGUUCGUGGAGUUCGAAGAUUCACGUGAUGCCGAAGAUGCCGUACGUGGUCGCGACGGAUAUGAUCUCGAUGGCUCGCGUAUUCGUGUGGAAUUCACUCGCAGCAGAGGUCCCCGUGGGCACGGAGGCGGCGGCAGAGGUGGCUCUUGGGGUGGUCGCGGCGGUGGAUACGGCGGUCGAGGUGGGAGCGGCUCCUAUCGCGGAGCAGCGAUAUCUCGUCGCACGAACUACCGCGUGAUUGUGGAAGGACUUCCUGCUUCUGGCUCGUGGCAAGACUUGAAGGACCACAUGAGGGAAGCCGGUGAGAUCUGCUAUGCUGAUGUUUCGCGUGAUGGAACUGGCGCAGUAGAGUUCGCUCGUUUCGAUGACAUGAAGUAUGCCCUGAAGAAGUUGGACGAUACGAAAUUCCGUUCUCGUGAUGGAGAGACUUCGUACAUUCGUGUUCGUGAAGAUGGAAACGCAAGUGGUGGUCGAAGUCGCUCCGAUAGUCGCUCACGCAGUCCACGUCGUUCAUCACCGAGGCAUAGUCCGAAGGCCUCACGUUCCCGCAGUCGCUCAGAAUCAAGAUCAAAGUCUCGCUCCCGUAGUCGCUCGCAAUCAAGAUCAAAAUCUCGCUCUCGUAGUCCCUGA